AUGGCAGAUGAUAUCAUUCUGGAACCGAAGUUAAUCGCAAGGGAGUAUCUGCGAAAGUGGUUCACACUGGAUAUUAUCUCAUCUCUACCACUUGAUUACAUCCUUCUGGCCUUUGACAACGGCACCGAGCAAAUUGCACAAGCUGAUGGGUCGCUGCUUGAUCAACUUCCGUUAACCCUGUUUGAAGCACUUAUACCGUUUAAAACUGAGGCCAACCCUAGAAGUAGCGCUAACUGA